AGGCAGAGAAGUGGCAGGUGGUGAAGGCAGUGACAUAUGGAGGUACAGGAGUGGCAGGUGGAGGAAGUAGUGAUAUAUGGACGCUGAGUGGCAGGUGGAGGAGGUAGAGAGACAUGGAGGCAGUGAGUGACAAAUGGAAGCAGAAGUGGCAGGUGGAGGCCGCUUGUGUAAGAGACGUCACAGGUUGACCAUCAAGGCCUCUCAAGGUGAAAAGUCUCGAAUCUGGUGAAGGACUCUUCAACCGAGGAAUUGGAGCUACCCUCCUCUUACUUGUCUCAGACCUACUCACCUACCAUUCCCCAGGCGAUGUAAGGCCCAGGAUUAUAGAACUACCCCACGAAUAUGAUAAUAAUUGUGGAUUAUAGUGGCGUGAGUGCCCGCCCCUGGACGGUGGUGCCACCAGCGGCCGCUGCCUCAACCACUCAGUUUGUGGUUUGUGGGAGGCUCGCGGAGGCUGACGUCACGGUGAAAUCAAUAUAUAAAGGAAGUCACGGUCGCUUACGAUGUCAGAGUCACCUACGAAGAAGGGCAAGAUGGCAACGUCGCUGGAGCAGCUGAAGGAGAUGACGGUGGUUGUGGCAGACACCGGGGACUUUGAGUCCAUGAAAAAAUACAUGCCGACAGAUGCCACCACAAACCCCUCACUCAUUCUCCAGGCAGCCAAAAUGCCCCAGUAUGAGUCUCUUAUUAAUGAAGCUGUGGAAUAUGGCAUGAAAAAGGGACAUAACAAGGCUGAAAAGGUUACCCAUGCAAUGGACAAGCUAUUCGUUUUGUUUGGCUGCGAAAUCCUUAAGAUUGUCCCUGGGCGCGUAAGCAUUGAGGUUGAUGCACGACUGAGUUUUGAUAAAGAAGCCAGCAUCUGCAAGGCCCGUAGAUUCAUCUCCAUGUUUGCUGAAGAGGAAAUCGACAAGGAGCGCAUACUUAUUAAACUGGCUUCUACCUGGGAAGGAAUUCAGGCAGCAAAGGUUCUUGAGGAAGAGUAUGGAAUUCACUGUAACCUGACAUUGUUGUUUGGUUUUGCUCAGGCUGUUGCCUGUGCUGAGGCGGGCGUGACGCUUAUAUCUCCUUUUGUUGGACGUAUCCUCGAUUGGUAUGUGGCAAACACAGAUCAAAAGACAUUUGAGGCCCAUGAUGAUCCUGGAGUGAAAAGUGUCACUCGCAUUUACAACUAUUAUAAAAAGUAUGGCUAUAAGACUGUUGUAAUGGGAGCGUCAUUCAGGAAUAGUGGUGAGAUUCGUGAACUAGCUGGCUGUGAUCUACUGACCAUUGGGCCAAAAUUCUUAGAGGAGCUCCAGAAUUCAACAGAACCUAUCACACAACACUUAUCAGAGGCCAGUGCUAAAAAACAUGACAUGGAGAAGGUAGAGAUGACCGAAGCCAAAUUCCGUUGGGAGAUGAAUGAAGAUCAGAUGGCUAAUGACAAACUGUCUGAUGGAAUCCGCAAGUUUGCUGCUGAUGCAGUAAAACUGGAGAAAAUGCUUUUGGAGAAACUUAAGUAAUAAGUGCAAUAUAUGUCAUUGUUCCUGCUUUUUUUUUCUUUCUUUUUAAGCUGUAGGUGUCAAGAUGCUUUGCUCCUUACAGUGAGAAGCUGUGAUAGGUACUUGAAGCUGCACUUAGCAGUUUUGAAAUAAACAUUCUAUUUUGCCAUUCCAUACCAAGUUGUUAAAGCGAUUAUUUUUUCGUUGUCUGGGUUGGGGUUUGUUGAUGUUACAUAAGUGGGAUGCUUUAAAACCCCAGGAUGGAAAAUUAUAAUUAUCUCUGUUUAUAUAGUAGCCACAUUGUUACGAAUUAGUGAUGAAAAACUGUUAGUAAACUAUGGGAAAUAAAUGAAGUUAAUUAUUUAAUCAUUGUUAGUCGAUUAUUAUGAUCAGAACUAAGCAUAAACCCACAAGUCAUAUAUUAGGUGAUUGAGAGUUAAUACUUGUUACAUAUUACCAGAAUGUUAAACAGUAUAGUUAAUUUAGAGUAUCAGUAUCUUCUCUAUUGGAAAUAUAUUUAAUGUUCAUUUUGGGGAAUGGGGUCUCCCUGCUUUGGUGGAAGAUGGCCAGUGUUAAAAAAAGUUUCCUCUCAUGUUAGUACAUAUAAUGUUCAGUGGAUGGCAAUGCCUUUCUUCAGUACAGGUUCGCCAUCACUAAUCUGGCAAUCAGUUAUCCGGUUCCAUCAGUAAUCUGGCACUAAUUUCGGCUAGCAUAAUUUCAAAUUUCAUCUUUAUACUGAAUCAGAAAUUGUGCAAAUGGUUGUAAAUCCACAGCAGCAAGCCAGUGGAGAAGAAAGCAGUGAUGAAAAUGAGAAAGAUGUAGCAGAAGAGUCUAUAAUAGGUCAAUUAAGUAUAUUCUAACCUAACGACUCUGUAAUCCAGCACACCACAGGUCCCAAUGAUGCCGGAUUAGUGAUGGCUGACCUGUACUGUAAUUUGUAUUAACUUGGCUAAAGGCAUACUAACAAGAAAUUAAUAUUUUACACAUGAAAUAUUGUUGACACCUUAAUGCUGUUGUACUUUUUUAAAUUUAUAUUGUUGUGAAUUUUGUCAGUUCAUAUUGAUUUUAUAUAGCUGUUAUAUUUAUUGAAUUGAACAGUACAAUUUUUAAUAAGCAUGAUGCAGAUAAAAUUACACAUGGAGUAUUAUUUCCUGUACACAAGUGUUGCACAUUAAAGAUGAUAAACUUUA